CAGCCACUCAGGUUAUCAGCAUGGCGGUACGCUGCUGUGCAAGGUCUGAAAAAGCGAGAAAAGCACCAAAUCAUCAAAAGGGCUGGCAUCCCAUUUGAGAUGCGACGGGACGCAGCGGGGGGGAACCCUGAGUCUUUGUGUCUUCGGAUAGGGGCUGCUAAAGACAUAUGUUUCAAGAGUUUUAAGAAAAUGACCCUCCAUCUACCAAUCCAUCCAUUAUCAUAGCCUGCUUAUACAGGACAGGGCUGUGGGGGAGCUGGAGCCAGUCCCGGCAACCAUCGGAUGCAAGGCAGGAGCAACACCUGGACAGGGCAAACACGGGCCAGUUUAACAACGCCAAAGAAAUGCAGGUGACCCUGUGGUGAGCCGCGUCGUCUUACUCUGUGAAAUAAGCGGGAGUGACCCAAAAUACACGCAAGUCGGAGAAUCGAGCCUCCUCCAACAUCACGAUGAGCAGCCUGGUGCUCGUGGAGUCCUUGGUGGUGUUCACUAUUGUCCUCUGUGUCCACUUUGUCAUCUGGGACCAGCUUUCUUGGUGCUCAAUUGCCUUAGCCAUCCAGGCCUUUUACGUUCAACACAAAUGGGACCGCUUGCUGAAAUCAGGGGGGGCCGUCUUUCAUUUUAGGCCUUCUGCCAACAGUGGCAUCCUCCCCGCCUGCAUGGCCAUGCCACUCCUAGGAUUGGUCCUGAAGGAGCGCUGUCAGGCGUCAGGGAAUGUCUAUUUUGAGCGUCUCUCGAUGGUGGUCACGGCAGCUGGUAUGACGCUGGCACUGUUUCUCUCCUUAAUCGCUCUCGGUAUCACGCGGCCCGUCCCCACUAACACGUGCAUCAUUUCUGGCAUCGCCGGCAGCGCCGUUAUCUACACUGCCAAGCAAGUGCUGACCGUCUCCGAAGUGAUCGAGGUCUUGGAGGUGCUCUUGAUCUUUGUCUACCUCAGCCUGAUCGUUUUAUAUCUCCUUCCUCGCUGCUUCACCCCUGGCGAGGCGCUAAUCGUCGUCGGAGGCAUCAGCUUUGUCAUCAACCAGCUUAUCAAACGCUCCCUCAAUGUCUCCGAGAUCCGAGGAGACCCGGUGACUCACUUUUUGCUGGUCGCGAUAGUGGGGUCCUUGCUGGUGGGAAUUUUCUUUGCGCUCCUUUUUUGCUUCAUGGAAUCGGAGACCUGGGUAUCGUCCCUGUUUUUUCACAUGAUGACGGCCGUUCUGGGCUUGGGGAUCAUCCUGCCGUGGCUCGCCCUUCUGAUUCGCAGGCACCCCCUCAUGUGGCUGAUAGACUUCGUGCGGCUCAGCACCGUGCGGCUCUAUUUGCUGAGCUAUUGGCUGUUCUUGGCGGUUCUGGCCUCUGGGAUUGUGCUGCAGCAGAACUUCAAACGAGGCGAGUCGAAGAAACACCAGGCGUCCACGGUGGUGAGGAAGUACUUUCAUCUGAUUGUGGUGGCCACUUUUGUGCCCGGCUUAAUUUAUGACCGGGAGCUCCUGCACGUGGCAUCUGUGUUGUGUCUUUCAGCAUUUCUUCUCCUGGAGUACGUCCGGUAUUUUCGCAUCAGACCCUUAGGGCGGCUACUUCGGCAGCUGCUCACCCUUUUCCUCGACGAGCGCGAUUCAGGUCCCCUCAUCCUGACCCACAUCUACCUUUUGAUUGGCUUAGCUCUCCCCGUGUGGCUUUUCCCUGGACCUUGCACUUCUAAGGGGACCUUUUCUGGACCAGGAGGGUUGGUGCCUUACGCCGGUGUGCUGGCUGUAGGAGUUGGGGACACGGUUGCCUCAGUCUUUGGAAGUAGCCUUGGAGAGAUUAAGUGGCCUGGGACCAGGAAAACCGUGGAGGGGACAGCCACCUCAGUCUUUGCACAGAUCAUCGCUGUGGCUUUGCUCCUCAUCUUUGAUGGGACGAUUAACCUGAAUGCAAGCUACUCUUGGAUUGUGAGCUCGAUAACGUUGGUUUCUUUACUUGAAGCCUUCACGAGUCAAAUUGACAAUCUGAUCCUGCCCCUGUACCUCUUUAUUCUGCUCAUGCUCUGAUAAAUGUGGAGCACCAAGACCCCUGUGUAGAAACAAAUUCUCGUCCAACAUUCACUCUCUGCUCCUUCAGCUAUGAAUGGCGGCGCAGGAGCUUGAAAGUGUUACGACUUUUUCCAAGUCACAUUUUUCUCCCUUUUUUUAUUUCUUUUUUUGAAUCUUUUUGUCUUGAAAUGUAGAACUUUAGAAGAGAGAUCUCCAUGGAGCCCGAGUGCACCUCCGGUCACGUCAAUCAAUACCUGGCUGUUUUACUGUGAAGAACGAGUGUGGAAAUUCUGUGUAAUGAAGGGUCGUAGGGGAAGUGCAGCAGUUAGGGUCGAGCACAGACUGCUGUUCUGGUCAUUCAUUAUUUAUUCUGGUUAAUAAGGAGUGAGGCUAAUCGGCUUACACGGAGUAUUCCAAAAACACGGACAGUAUUGUAGACGUUAAGAAAGUGAAAGGUACAAAAGGUGAAUGACAAGUCGUGCGUUCAGGUCUCCAUCCAUCGUCCAACCCGCUAUAUCCUUACUACAAGGUCACAGGGGUCUGCUGGAGCCAAUCCCAACCAACACCGGGCACAAGGCAGGAAACAAACCACAGGCAGGACGCCAGCCCACCGCAGCAUUCAGGUCCAUAAAGUGGAAUCGGUGGCAUACGGUUACUACCUGACUGGCCGGCCAUUUAAGGGCAUCUGCCAGCAUGAGCCACUGUUUAUUAUGGGGUGCCAUUGGUUAGGAACGGCCCCAUACGUGAUUGACUAAUAGGCCAAUAAAUCAGGAACACAUUAAGAAGUUGGGUUUAUGGGGUCUUUAUUGUCUCGUGUCCAGAGUCCAGUGGAAUUCUGACUUCCGUGUGCUGGUCAACACUGUCCGGUUCUGUGGUCUGAUCAUAGAAGGAAAGCAUACAGUGGAUUUAGAAAGGACUCAGACUCGUCACGUCCUGCCCAUGUUGGCGCGUUUUUGGAUAUCAUUUGACGUGAACACGUUUGCCAUUUUUGCCCAUCAGUGUACACUCAGUAACACAUCCUGACAUUUGCAGAAAGGUUUGCAGUUUAUUAAUCGGCAACUGAAAUCUCUCCUUUAUGCGGAGUAUUCAGACCCUUUAGUUGGUACCGUGGAGGUUUGGAGAAGCCCUUUUGGCAGGAGUCUUCAUGGCCAAGUCUACAAGCUUUGCUCACCUGGAUUUGUGCAGUUGAUUCAGUUCUUCCUGGCAGAUUAGAUUGAAUGGGAGGCGUCUUUAAACUGCCAUCUUGGGUUUCUCCGAGCCUGUUCUGUGCCCACUCAAGGGUCCUGAAGCCAGUUUGGCGUUGUCUUGGCUGUAUGUCUUGCAUCCUCAUUGUGGUGGGCACUCUGGAGCAGCUUUUCUUCAAGCUGCAUUCAACUCCCACCCCUUAAUUCUGCCCAGUCUCCAAGUCCUUAUACCCCUGUGGCACGAUGCUGCCACCACCAUGCUUCACCAUAGGGAUGGCACUAGACAGGUGACGAGCAGCCCGGUCCGUUUUUGUCUCAUCCAUUUAGCUCCUGUAGGCCUUCUUCUCAAGUGUGGCUCUGGUCUGGUCCAAGUGCCACUGCGAUGGUCGUCCUUCCAACAGGUUCUCCCAUUUCAGUAGCAGAUGUCUGAAGCUCUUGGCCUCCUCCUUGAUCAGUUCUCUAGAACAGAGGCCAGAGCGUUCCAGACUUCUUCCAUUUCACAGUUUUUGUGGCCCCUGUGCUCCUGGCAAUACUCGGCGCUUUAGAAAUUGUUUGGUCCCGUUGGCCCGAUCUGUGCCUCGACGUCGGGAGGUCCACAGAGGGGUCCUUGGACUUCGUGGCUUGGUCCAGACCUGCAGUGUGAAUUGUGGGACUUCCUAUUGACGGGUCGACGUGUGCCUUUCUAAAGGACGUCCAGUGAGUUCGUGUUGCCACGGGCCAGUCGAGUUUAGACGCGUCUCAAGGAGCAUUAGAGUACACGGCAAGGGGGCUGAACACGUCCAGGAAGAUCACAUGUUGUCACUUUGUCAUUAGGGUUUACGGAGUGUAAAUUGAUGGGCAGUAAUGUCCAAAGUCACAAUAAAGGGACGGGCACUGAAGACUUUGCGGUUUUCCUGUCGAUUCUAAACAUGGAUGGAGAUUUCUAAUUGGAUCCGAGUCCCGUUAGGGGGACGCACAGGGAUGCAUGUUUUUUUGAAUCACAUGCAGUUGGGCCUUUUCACGUGGAAGAAUAAUUUGAACAAAAUUAAAUACGCAAAUAAAAUAAUGUGACCACACGUAAAUAAUACCAAAUGAUUUUUUGAGCCUAAAUAAUGAAGUGUGUCAUGGAGUAGAUUGUUCUUGAUGUAUUUUCAGUGACCUCGCACACCACAUGAACCUGUCAGAGAUGAGAGGGUGGGUGGGCUCUAGGGAGUCCUGAGCUUGGAUUGGUGGAUCAGUGACUCCGACUUGAGAGAUGACGACGUGUUUCUGGAGUUAAAGUAGCUUCUCCUUGCACUCGUGGCCUCUGUGGACCCCCAGUGCCAACUCUGAGCAGGCGCUUUGGCUCGUUGGGCGACUGGUCGAAAGUGCAGCCUUUAAAGGUGGGUCUGUCAAAUUACUCGACGGGUGAUUACUAUGCUGACAGGUGAAAGUGACUGUUCAUGUUACGUGCUGUGUCACCGGACAAGUGAAGAAAUAACAAGAAACAAACUCCGUCCAUUUCAGACACAUUUCUGCUCAUUUAAUCUUUAGUAUCUGUUUAUCGUCACAUUUCCGUACACAUUACCGUUAUUGAUCUCUAUGCGUAUUUAUUUUUGUCCACAGUGUCCCUGCUUAUAUUUCUAGAUCUAAAAUCCAGAAUUCCGUGGCUUUGACAGAACAUUAAAAGCCUGCACCGUUCGAAUGGCUCCAUUUUGAAUUGUGUGGUUUAAUGGAAUGUCGUUGAAACUCUAAGCUUGGAUGGCGUCGGUGUCUGUCUGUUUAAUGUGACGAAUGUUCUGGAGAAUGAAGGGUCGCAGGAGCAGUGCACCUCUAAGGGUCAAGUAGUGACUGAUGCUGUUAUUUUAAUGAUUUAUUUAUUCUGGGUAAUAAUAAUACAUGCGAUUGCCUUGUGUGUUACUUUUGAAUAUGACUUGCUGCAACGAUAUUUAAAACUCA